GCGAAUCACUCUGAGAGCUCUAGCAAACUAAGUCUUGUAUAAAAAGGAGUGGAUCCUUUGCUUCUCUUUCCACUUUAAAACCAUGAUCAAGAAAUUUUUAAACAAGAACAAUGAUAAUUCUACAAGCGACACAGAGGCAAAUAGUAUAAAGAGACAAAGCUAUCUCCUACCUGGAGUGCUCGUUACUACUUUAUUUUUCUUGUGGGGCUUCAGUUAUGGCUUACUAGAUACACUUAAUAAACACUUUAGAAAUGUUUUAGAUAUAUCAACUACUCAAAGUACUUAUAUGCAAGUGGCUUACUUUGGAGCAUACUUUGUCAUGAGUAUUCCAGCGAGUUUGAUCUCUAAGCGAUUUGGGUAUAAAAGGGCCAUGAUAUUUGGUUUGCUACUGUAUGUUAUUGGCGCUCUCUGCUUUUAUCCUUCAGCAAUCUACCUUAGUUUCGGCGGUUUUGUCGGUUCUCUUUUUGUCAUUGCUUCGGGCCUCUCUACGCUCGAGACAUGUGCAAAUACAUAUAUCGCCAUCAUCGGCUCAAGAGAGCGCGCUUCAUUCAGAAUCAAUGCUGCACAGGCAUUCAACGGGCUUGCAAGUACCAUUGCUCCUAUAGUAGCUUCUUAUGCCUUUUUUGGAGGAACUGAAGAUUCCGGCUCCAAAAGCUUGGAUUCUGUCAAGUGGACAUAUAUUGGAGUUGCUUGUGGUGUAUUUGCUAUCGCAGUCUUGUUUUGCUUUGUAAAUAUUCCCGAAGUAGACGAAGAGGCGCUCAUGGCACAAGAUUCUGAAGCAUCAGGCGAGAUUAUCCGUCGGGCUUCCAUUUAUUCCCCACAUUUACUUCUUGGGGCCCUCGCACAAUUUAUGUAUGUGGGCGCACAAGUAUCAGUGGCCUCCAUGUUUAUGUUCUAUACGAGUGAAGUGGGACAUAUGCCAGAUUCGAGAGGAUCAAUCAUACUAUCCGUGGGUAUGGCCUGCUUUACAGUUGGGCGCUUUUUGUCUGCUCUUCUCUUGAAGAAAUUCCGUCCAGAUCAUCUCAUGGCCAUCUUUGCUACCGGCGCUAUUAUUGCAGAUGUGUUUGUUAUCGCAAUGAAAACCCCCGCGACAUCUUAUGCUCUCUUGGUAGUCGUAUUCUUUGAAAGUAUCAUGUUCCCUACGAUCUUUGCUUUGGGCACAAAGGACCUGGGAAGAAAUCAUAAACGCGGUUCCGCAUUAAUUAUCAUGGGUGUAUCUGGAGGUGCCGUGCUCCCACCUAUCCAAGCAGUUGUGCAUGACCAUAGCAAUGUCAAUAUAUCAUACGUUAUUCCUCUCAUUGCUUUCUGCUUCGUAUUGUUUUACAGUCUCGUUGGAUGCAAGUGGAUCAAGUAUACAGAUGAUAUUCCAGCAGCUGUUGAUCAAAAGGAUGUACUUAGCAUUGAAGAUGAAAAACCAGCAGUUAUUCAAACUGAACAUAAGCAAACAGUAGCUUUCUAAUCAUUUUAUCACAUAACUCUAGUAAUAGUCCUGUGAAUAGAGUUGAUAGUAAUACAAGUAAUAAUAAUAGUCAUAAUAAAAACCAUCUGUCAUUUUAAG